UCGCUCGACCAACUCAGCGAUCUGACUCACUAUCUUCUCAGCUCAGCCUCUAGAAGAGAAAAAGCUAACCCAUGGGCCAUGCUCUGAUCCGAAAUUUCGACUGAACUUGCAGAAUCUUGUUAGGGAUUCCUAGGGUUUCUUUUUUAAGGGGUUUUGUCCAAAGGGUUCAUAUUUUAUUUUUUCUUCUACUUUAUUUUUUUUUCUCUGAGUGUGAAGAAUUGGGUUUUGCUGUGGUGGUCGGAGUGAGGAAAUGGCCGUCGGUGAAAUGAAUGUUUCGUCUCUGAAUACGUUGCCUCUGGGGUUUAGAUUUCGACCCACGGACGAGGAGCUUAUUGAUUUCUACUUGCGGUUGAAGAUCAAUGGCAAGGAUGAACAGGUCUCUGUCAUUCGCGAAAUCGAUGUUUGCAAAUUGGAGCCUUGGGACAUGCCUGAUUUGUCAAUGAUUCCAACAAGGGAUCCGGAGUGGUUCUUCUUCUGUCCUCAGGACAGAAAAUACCCGACUGGAAAUAGGUUGAACCGGGCUACAAAUGCAGGGUAUUGGAAGGCAACUGGUAAAGAUCGUUUCAUAAGGUCUGGAGGGAAAACUGAGAUUGGUAUGAAGAAGACCCUGGUUUUCUAUACAGGGCGUGCUCCUAAGGGUAAGAGGACCAACUGGGUAAUGCACGAAUACCGCCCCACGCUGAAGGAACUCGAUGGAACUAACCCUGGCCAGAAUCCCUUUGUCAUUUGCCGUUUGUUCAAGAAACAAGACGAGAGCGUUGAAGGUUACAAGUGCGAGGAUGCGGAACCAGCGGUGUCAUCUCCUAACGCCGCCCAAUAUUCUCCCGAAGAUACGCAGUCUGAUCUAGCACUAUCUCCGGAACCUCUGCCUUCUGUAGAGCAAGCAAGUAAGCCUUCGAUAAGAGUGGAAUGUCCCAUGGUCAAAACACCUGAUGAAACUGCGUCUGAAGCCACCAUGGCAGAAGAUCAAGUGAAAGAGGAAACGAUAAGUGAGGAUGAAAUGCGACUGAGGCAAGACUUGAGUAUGUUUUAUGUUCCUCCACUUGAGCCAGUUUUAGAUGGCACAAUUUAUUCCCCCUUGCAUCUGCAGAUGCAGUCAGAGCUAGGAUCAUCUUGCCAGUAUUAUUCUGGCACUGCUGAUCGUCAAUAUGGGACCAAUGAGUCAGAUGAGGUUUCUCAGCUCCUGAAAUCCCAUAUGCAAUCAGAGCUUGGAUCCUCUUGGGGGUAUAAUUCUGCCAGUGGCGAUUGUCAGUCUGUGGCCAAUAAGCUGGAUGAUGUCAUGGAUUCCCUUAUGCAAUCAGAGCGAGGACCCUCUUGGGCGUAUAGUUCUGUCGACGACAUUGGUCAACAUGGGACCAAUGAGCAGGACGAUAUUUCUCAGUUCCUGAAUUCCGUUUUUAAUGAUUUUGAAGAGGGUGUUUCUCAAGAUUUGGAUACCGAAAAUAUUCAGGCCACGGAUAUCCAUACAGGGAGUGUGAUUUCUGAUGAGGAUGAUGUGUCACACUGUAAAACAUACUCUGAAGUGGCCAAUGUAAAUUCUGGGGCAGAUUUCCAAGAUCCUACCAAACCAAUUGCGAGUAACGAUACUGGAAUUAGAAUAAGAAGCAGAUCCCUCCGCCGGCAAAAUUCAAUGAACACUAAUGAAAUAAUGGCUGGACACGGUAGUGCACCGAGAAGACUACGCUUGCAGCGUAAACUUCAAAUAAGCUGCAGCUUCAAAACCUCAAGUAAACCAGAAGAGGAACCAAACCCAGCUGUUAAUGAGCAGGAAAAAGCUGUCGAACAGCACGCCAAUAACCCCGAAAAACCACUGGAGAGAGGAGCAUCUAGAGGAUAUUAUGGCACAGUGAAAACAAGAUCAUUCCCAACCCAAGAUACAGGCAAGAAGGUCUUGAAGACUUCUUUGGGUGGCUCAAACCGUUUAUUUUCGUUGAUGUUCAGGGUAGUUGUCAUUGCAGUCUUAUUUAUAAGCUUCACUAGCAUAUGGAAAUGUCUAGUUUGAUACUUGUCUAAAUCGACUUAGGCUUUUGUAGAGUACAUCUUUUGUAUGCUAGCUUCUGUUAAAAUCCAAGUUUACAUCUUUUGUAUAUAGCAUAAUUCAAACUUGGAAUGACUUCAGUUUUUGUGUCACGUAGAAGUAUAUUUGAUUGCGGCUUUGGUGUAAAACUAUGAACAUAAACUUUAGGUGCUUUCUUUCAUUUAGAUGAAUAACUAAGUGGUUUAGAGUUUGCCACUAUAUUCACAUAAAUUUAUGAUGUAAUAAUAUAUAUAUAUAUAUAUUCAUUAGUUAA